ACGCCAGGAUCCUCCGGCGUCGUUCCGGUGGUGGUCAUUUUUGCUGCCUGCGAAUGCGUCCGCCGGCUUGGCGUUUCCGGCUCGCUGGGUCCGGGCCAGGUAACUGGAGCCGGAAACUGGUGGAGGUGGUGUCCGCCUGCAGAGAAGCUUGCCUGGUCUCGGUCUGAGCGUCGCCCAGCGAUUUGCCACCGCACGCACGCCGGAUCCCGGGCUUUACCGCGCGCUUCUCCAGGCCCCGCCCCGUCCAAAGUCCCAUGGCUGCGGCAGCGCUAGUGAAUACGCCGCAGGGCCAUGUGACCUUUGAGGAUAUUGCUGUGUACUUCUCCCAGGAGGAGUGGGGCCUCCUUGAUGAAGCUCAGAGGUGCCUGUAUCAUGAUGUGAUGCUGGAGAACUUUUCGCUUAUGGCCUCAGUAGGUUGUUUGCAUGGAAUAGAGGCUGAGGAGGCCCCUUCUGAGCAGACUGUUUCUGCACAAGGAGCAUCACAGGCCAGGACUCCAAAGCUAGGUCCUUCCAUCCCAAAUGCUCAUUCUUGUGAGAUGUGUAUCCUGGUUAUGAAAGACAUUUUGUACCUCACUGAGCACCAGGGGACAAUUCCCUGGCAGAAACCUUACACUUCUGUGGCCAGUGGGAAAUGGUUUUCAUUUGGUUCUAACCUGCAACAGCACCAGAACCAGGACAGUGGAGAGAAACACAUCAGAAAGGAGGAGAGCAGUGCCUUGCUUCUGAGUAGCUGCAGAAUUCCUCUGUCAGACAAUCUUUUCCCAUGCAAAGAUGUUGAGAAGGAUUUUCCAACCAUCCUGGGCCUUCUCCAACACCAGACCACUCACAGCAGAGAAGAGUAUGCACAUAGAAGCAGGGAGACCUUUCAACAAAGACGUUACAAAUGUGAGCAAGUUUUCAAUGAGAAAGUUCAUGUUACUGAGCAUCAGAGAGUCCACACUGGAGAAAAAGCUUAUAAGCGUAGGGAAUAUGGGAAAUCCUUGAACUCUAAAUACUCAUUUGUUGAACACCAGAGAACCCAUAAUGCAGAAAAGCCUUAUGUGUGCAAUAUAUGUGGGAAAUCAUUCCUCCAUAAACAAACACUCGUUGGGCACCAGCAGAGAAUUCACACUAGAGAAAGGUCUUAUGUGUGCAUCGAAUGUGGGAAAUCCUUGAGCUCCAAAUACUCACUUGUGGAACACCAGAGAACCCAUAAUGGAGAAAAGCCUUAUGUGUGCAAUGUAUGUGGGAAAUCAUUUCGCCACAAACAAACAUUUGUUGGACAUCAGCAGAGAAUCCACACUGGAGAGAGGCCUUAUGUAUGUAUUGAAUGUGGGAAAUCUUUUAUUCAUUCCUAUGACCGCAUUCGACACCAGAGAGUUCACACUGGAGAAAGGGCUUAUCAGUGCAGUGAAUGUGGGAAAUCCUUCAUAUACAAACAGUCACUUAUUGAUCACCAGAGAAUCCACACGGGAGAAAGACCUUAUGAGUGCAAAGAAUGUGGGAAAGCCUUCAUUCACAAAAAAAGACUUCUUGAGCACCAGAGAAUUCAUACUGGAGAAAAGCCUUAUGCGUGCAUCAUAUGCGGGAAAUCAUUUAUCCGCUCAUCUGACUACAUGCGACACCAGAGAAUUCACACUGGAGAAAGGGCUUAUGAAUGCAGUGACUGUGGGAAAGCCUUCAUUUCCAAACAAACACUUCUUAAGCAUCACAAAAUCCACACUAGAGAAAGGCCUUAUGAAUGCAGCGAAUGUGGAAAAGGCUUUGACCUUGAGGUUAAACUUCUUCAGCACCAAAGAAUCCAUACUAGAGAACAACUUUGUGAGUGCAAUGAAUGUGGAAAAGUCUUCAGCCACCAAAAAAGACUUCUUGAGCACCAGAAAGUUCACACUGGCGAAAAGCCCUGUGAGUGCAAUGAAUGUGGGAAAUGCUUUAGACAUCGCACCAGCCUCAUUCAACACCAGAAAGUUCACAGUAGAGAGAGGCCUUAUAACUGCACUGCAUGUGAGAAGGCCUUUAUCUAUAAAAACAAACUUGUUGAGCAUCAGCGAAUCCACACUGGAGAAAAGCCAUAUGAAUGUGGUAAAUGUGGGAAAGCCUUCAACAAAAGAUAUUCCCUUGUCAGGCACCAGAAAGUACAUAUAACAGAAGAGCCCUAGCAAUUGUUGGGAUGUGUCAUUGUCUUAUUCACUGUAAGACACCAGAGAGCUGCUUUUUCAAGGGAUCCAACAGACAGAAAUUCAACCUAAUACAUCUGCAUAUCAGUAGUUGAAAGAUUCACUACAAGGUCCAAGUACUUGGGAAACUUUCCAGAGAUUACUUGUACUUUCUAAUCUGCCCAGUGUUACAACAGACACUACCAUGUGGCAUAUCCUCAGUUUUCAUGUCACUCACAUGUGCUCAAGGAAUGCAGACCACUGUGCUCACCAAAUUCUGAAGGGAAGAAUAUAAUAAAAGCCUAUUGAGGGUCCUCUUCCAUCUUGCUGAACUGUUCAAGGCAUAGACAAAACCCAACUUUGACCAAGAAGAGCAAUCUGGAUUCUUGUAGCCCAUGGAGGUUUACCUUCUUCAUAGGUAUUUUUUUAUGCGAUUGCCAUAGUGGGAUAGUCCCUCCCCCCACCCAAGAGGGAAAUGGGCUGUCUUACCAUAUGCUGAUGUAUGUGUUCUGCCAAUGUGAAGGGUGAACAGCUCCAACUUUAUGUCCCCUCCAGGGACAUAUUAUGAGAUCAGAAAAUAGUUCUUAGUCCUGUUUGUCUUAAUUUUUAUUGGUUUCCAAGGUCUCCUAGGAAAUAGAGCAGAGCUGUGUGGUCCUAAUCAUGGUGUUGAUGCCAGAUUUAUUUGUAGGUCCAGAGGUCUCCCUGAGAAGAGGCAUUUGUGACAAACUCAAGUGCUAAGAUCUGCAUGAAUUGUUUAUUUGCAGUGAUGCUCCAUAUUUCCUAGCACUGUUCAUGGCAUCUUAUUUCCCAGGUCCUUCAUUGUAGCCAUGGGCACAGGACUGAAUUGGUAGGCAGGUCACUGGUUGUAAGACCUACUGGGGCCAGGUAAGAACAGUAAUUGGCCCAGACAGGUAGGUGUGAUAAACAGAGUGGAAAAGAUUGUAGCCAAGAAGAGUGAAUGUGUCCCAUCCAAAGGUGCAUCCAGAUAUGUCUGUGUUAUUAUGGCUUCAUGAUUUGGGGGUAUAUAUAAAUUCUCAGGACCUCAGACCUUUGAUUCUCCUUUGGCAACACACAUCAUCAGCAUAAGGCAUCUAAAGAUUUUGUGGACUCUCAUAACUUAUGUACUGUGAUUCACCCAGAUCUGUUGUGCCAGUUAGGAAUUAUCUUUAUUACUUCCCGUUUAUUGCCACUGCUGAGAAGGCUGUCCUUCCUAACUUGUGAGGAGGUGAAUCCUUAAUAAGUAAAUCUUGUGUUA